AUGGCAGAGCUGCUCGCCCUGCUCAGAGGACCCAACCGGGCAUCCUUGAGUUCCACACCUCCGCCGGGACAAGGGCCAAUGACUGAGCCGACUCCCUGGAUUCCGCCGACUCAGGCCCCGGAGAAUAUGGAGGCACCCCCGCCGCCAACAUUGCACACUUCCAUGGAUCAUCCUGUCACCGGCCCAUAUCCGCCACCACCGGCCCCCACGGCCGUCUCUCUUCCACCCGUCUCCAUACCGGCCCCGGCUAUGGCCUACACAAUACCUCCGCCGACGGUUUUCCCGACGUCCAACGCACCCGCUCCAACUCACUUUCAAGCCACGGAGCUCCCUCCCUUUCCGUCUCUACAGCCUCACACCGGCCUCUCCUACCAGGCACCGCCUCCCAUAAACACCACAUUCCACGAACUGGGCACACCGACCCAUGCGGCCCAAUUCGCCUCACCGACGUACUUCUUCCCCGAGGCCGACGCCGAACAGGAGCGUAGGUUGAAGCGAAAGGAGGAAACGAUACGGGCCCUGCAAGCGAACGAUGCCGAAGACAUCCCGAUGUGGGAGGACUUCUCUCGGAAGUUCAUCGACCAGUACCGGUAUUGCGCAGAAACGCCUCCCACCCUUUUGGAGCUAAGCACGAAAGAAAUGGCGCGGGGCCAAAAGUUUGAGGAUUUGAUCGACGCUGGGAAGAAACUUGACAUGGGCAUCAAGCUUGGGAAGAUAGAAGGACCGACCGGAAAGGAGGAGCAAUCAUCAAAGAAUGCCGCUACUGCGCCAUCACCAACGGGUAACAAAAAGGGCAGAGAUGCGUCCGUUAAUGCCGUCAACCUUGGACACCAAAUGCCCAUGCCGUACCAGCAGCAAUACCCGGCCCUGCCGAUUAAUUACUCGGCGCCACCGGCUCACCCUCCGACACGGGCCCCGCAACCACACGGUCACAAUUACACGUCUACCCCUCAUUGGGCAUCUCCAAAUGGGCCCCUAGCUUUAGGAGCUCCACUAACGGCUCAACAAGCCCCAAACUUGCAACCCCGACAAGGAGGGCAGGCUAGGCCGCGUCUGCAAUACCCGCCUUUACUGGUUCCCCAGUCACAAGUCUAUCGCCAACUUCUAGCAGCUAAGGAAAUUAGACCCGUGGCCCCUCAUCCUCAGUUCAAUCCCGCGAAUCAGGAUCAGAAUCUCCGUUGUGAAUACCAUAUGGGCGCUCCGGGGCACACUACGAACGAAUGUUACACCCUCCGGGGCAAAUUACAGGAGAUGAUUGAGAAGAACCGACUCUCUUUCAAUGAAGUCAAGCCACCGAAUGUCCAGGCUAACCCUCUCCCCGACCAUGGAUCAAGCUCUGACGCGGCUAUCGAUCUGAUCGGUAUUUACCCUAGGGGCAAGGACAACGCCGAAGAGGAAGGGUUGAUUUCCCCAUGA